CGCGCGGAAGAGGAAAGUCCUUCGCUGGAGACUGGAGAGUAAACGUAGCUAUUUAUAUAAACAAAAAUAAGUUUCAUUUCCAGUGUUUUGUAGAGUAGCGAUUGCUUAAGGUACACUUUUGUAAAUGAGGGCUAUCUUAGUAUGAUGUACAAAUAAGCUGAUAUUAAGGUAGAUUUCUGGUUGACAUAUUAUAUAUUUACAGAACCAGGUACGGUACUAUCACCAGCUCGGUUUGCUAGCAACUGGGAAACUCGUUACAAUAUUUUUGCUGACUUGUACGGUCCUGGCUAACUAGCUAAUAUAGUCAACUUAAUACUGAACUGCCUGAAGAAGUCGGAAGGGGGAUUGAUAAAUAUUCGAGUUUGACGCCUCUGCUUUAUAUGUGGUUUGUGACUGCUAGCUGUCUUCGAUUUUCAAGAAUGCUACACGUGAAAAUCAAGGCAGAAAAGACAGAUGCUGAAACAACUGGAGCGCGGGGACGCCUGGAUGCCGUGCUGCAAGGUCUUGUUGAAAAGAGUGAUAGUGAGCGUGAACAAAAUGAAGAUGAUUCUGGAAAGAUGGCAACAGAUUCUCUGAACAAAGAUUUGUCUCCGUCUUCUGCUGGGAAGCGACCAUCGUCACGAUUCCCACAGCAUCGACGGAAGAAACGCAAGGAGAUCGAUGAUGGGUUGUCGGAGAGCAACCAGCACAAGCAGAAUGCCUACAUCAUCAAGCUGUUUGACCGCAGUGUGGAUCUGGCCCAGUUCAACACCAGCACCCCGCUUUAUCCCAUCUGCCGGGCCUGGAUGCGGAAUAACCCCACAGUCAGGGAGCGGGCAGCUUCCUCCAGUCCCUCUCACAGCCUUGGAGAGGAAGAAGUUGUGGACAUGCUGAAUGGAAAGGGACAAAACGUGUAUCGGCUUCCCCCACCUUCCCCUUCUCCUAUCGGUCCCUCUGGGGAGCCUGUCAAUCUUCGUAUUCCUCCUACAGAGAAAUCCACUGCUGCCAAGCCCUUUGAUACUGCUCCUGUGUCCAUACCUCUGGUAUAUAACCAUAUGGAACGAUGGAAAAAAAUUAGACAGAAAUGGAAGGAGUCCUCAAAUAAAAACCAGCUGCGAUACAGCGAAAGCAUCAAGAUCCUGAAGGAGAUGUAUGAACGUUAGCAGUGCCCGCAAUGCUUCCCAGGUCUCGUGUGGUAGAAAAGCACGGGACAACACAGCCAUUUAACUUAGUGGGAGGAGAUUCCUAGAGUCUACAGCUUGCUGGGUAUAGUAAUUCAGUUUGUAGCAGUUGUUUCCUAUUGGUUAUAUUCAUAUAAUAAAGUGACUGCCACUCUGGUGUGAGGUGAUUAAAACAA